AUGGAUAACACAUCCUAUUUACCAUUCACAAUGACAGAUAAGCCGGCUAAUAACACCGAUCAACCUGUGGACGCAGAAUAUAUUCCGACGAACUACAACAUGAGAAACAACGUAAAGCAAUCGUUCUGGCGACCUCGCACUGACGCUGAGAAACGAUGGAUGAUGAUAGCUGGAGUGGCCGCAGUGCUCGCCGUCGCGUUCUUGGCAGCCUUCAUCGCCAGCCUUCUCCUACGAACAACCAGCGACAUAAGCGACAUGCCACAAACUAGUGAACUGAGACUUUCUUCAUCCAUGCCACCUGCAGUGGUCGCCCGGGGAUCAGAUGACGUGGAAACGUGUAGCGCACCUGGGUGUAUCCAUACAGCCUCAAGACUCCUGCUGAAUAUGGAUGAAAAAGUAGACCCAUGCGACAAUUUCUACGACUUUGCUUGCGGGUCAUUCUUGAAAAAUACUAGGAUCCCAGACGACAAGACCUCAGUGAACACGUUUUCAAUUAUCACUGAUCAACUCCAAGAGCAGAUUCGGUCACUUUUAGACGAACCAGUCACUCCUGAAGAGCCGAGACCAUUCGUGCUCGCCAAAACCUUGUACCAAGCUUGCAUGAACAGAACUGCCAUUGAAGCUCGAGGUGUCCAACCAUUGCUGGAUAUGCUGAAACGGCUCGGAGGUUGGCCUGUACUUGAUGGUCAGUCAUGGGACGAGAACUCAUUUUCUUGGGAGCAAUCGGUGUACAAAUUCAGAGAUGCCGGCUACUCCGUCGAUUACUUCCUCGAUUUCUCUAUCAGCGUGGAUGUUAAAAAUUCAACGAGACGAGUCAUUGAUCUGGACCAGGCCUCGCUCGGAUUAAGCCGCGAGUACCUGAACCGCGGCUUCAGUGAUAAAUUGGUACAAGCAUACUAUGAGUACAUGGUCGAUAUCGCUAUACUCCUUGGAGCUGAUAAGACAAAGGCUACAGAAGAACUUAAAGAAUCACUGCAAUUCGAAAUGAAAUUAGCCAACAUUUCGUUACCUCUGGAGAAACGUCGUAACGCAACGAGUCUCUACAACCCUAUGACCAUUGCUGAACUUCAACAGAAAUUCCCCAAGGUUCCGUGGUUGGAAUACAUCAACAGACUGCUUGCGCCACACAUUACGGUCGAUGUUAAUGAACUUACCAUUGUCAGCGUACCCAAAUACAUCACCGAUCUUGAGGCUUUACUGGAGAAGACUCCUAAACGUGUACAAGCUAACUACGUCAUGUGGAGAGUUGCCGGGGCAUCAGUUUCGUACCUAACUGACGAUCUGAGGAGACGACAAUUGGCCUACAUCACAGCUUUGUCAGGAAAAACUGAACGCGAGAGUAGAUGGAAAGAAUGCGCCGAUACGACCAGUGCUAGCAUGUCCAUCGCUGUAGGGGCGCUGUACAUCAGGAAAUAUUUCAAUGAAAACUCAAAGGCGAAUGCUUUAGAAAUGGUCAAUGAUAUCAGACAACAGUUUCGUAAGACUCUGACCAAGGUGGACUGGAUGGAUGAUAUGACUCGCCAAGAGGCUCUGGAGAAAGCUGAUGCUAUGGCUUCACACAUCGCCUACCCCAGUGAAAUGCUUGACAACAACAGACUCACCGAAUUCUACUCUGGUCUGGAAAUGUCAUCGGAACACUUGAUGGAGUCCGUGCUCAACUUGACAUUGUUCACUACUGAGUACUUAUUCGGUAAACUGAGGGAGCCCGUCAACAAGACUGACUGGGUCACCCACGGUCGCCCAGCUAUCGUCAACGCUUUCUAUUCGUCUAUUGAGAACAGCAUACAAUUUCCGGCUGGUAUCCUACAAGGAGCAUUCUUCUCUGCCAAACGUCCUGCUUACAUGAAUUACGGUGCUAUUGGUUUCGUCAUUGGACAUGAAAUCACGCACGGUUUUGAUGACCAGGGCCGGCAAUUCGAUAAAAACGGAAACCUUGUGGACUGGUGGCAGGAAAUGACCAAAGAGAAGUAUCUGGAUAAAGCCAAAUGUAUCAUCGAUCAAUACUCAAACUACACUGUUAAAGAAGUCGGAUUGAAGUUGAAUGGAGUGAACACACAAGGCGAGAACAUUGCGGAUAACGGAGGCAUCAAAGAAGCUUACUACGCGUAUCAAGCCUGGACUCACAGGCAUGGUGAAGAAGCACGCCUGCCUGGAUUGGAAAAAUACAGUCCCCGACAGCUUUUCUGGCUUAGUGCUGCCAACACUUGGUGCGCAGUGUACCGCAAUGAGGCAAUCAAGUUGAGAAUCACAACUGGAUUCCAUGCCCCCGGAAGAUUCCGCGUCAUUGGCCCCAUGUCUAAUAUGGAAGAAUUUGCCUCAGACUUCAAAUGCCCUAUGGGAUCACCUAUGAACCCUGACAAGAAAUGCAAAGUGUGGUAGAAUAUUUGCUUCAAAACCACACAUUGCUGUCUCUCAUAUUAAAACCGAUCGUGCGAGCUAAUUGCGUCACUAGUAAUUUAGUAUAUUGAAAUUAAAUUACAUAAAUAUUCUAAGAGUUCUUAGCUCGGCAGGGCCUAUUUAGAGUCUACGGUUAGUGCAACUAAAUAGAUUAGAUUUCACAAAUUACUUUGAUGUAGUUCACUUUGUAAAUAGGAGAAUAUCAUUAUUUUGUUUUACUAGUUUGUACACUAUCACGAAUCGCUGCAAAUAACUUCAUUUACAUGGGCUUAGACUGAGGAAAUAUACUAUUUUAGACGGGUAUAAUAAUAUUUUAAUAGCUUGUAGGUACAUCAAAAUACAAAUCUGUUGUCAAAUUUGUUUGCAAUUCCCAAGCUAUUACUAGAAAUGCGUGGAAAUAUUAAGCUCGUGUCAAUAUCUUCGUUGAAAUUGUCUUUCUUAUUUAUUGUAGGUCGCAGCGGCAAUGCGUUGCCGGUAUAUACUCGAAUUUAAAAUUAUACUUAAGUAGUUAGUGUUCUUAGGUCUAAUUAUAUUGUUUGAGCUGUAUUGUCGCUGUGGCCCAUAGAAUAAACUACUCUGUCGAAUCUCAAUUGAAGCGUACAUUGAAAUUUAAUUAUGUUAUUAUUAUAAUUAAGUAUUGUUAAGUUACACCCUUGAAUACAACCAUAUUGUUGUGAAUCAUCGAAACACCAAUAAAAAUAAUUUUAUCUAAA